GUUUUGGCUCUUUGCGAGGUUCAAAGGGCCAUUCGUCGGGCAAGAAAAAGGCUGCACAACACGCUGGCCGGAAACCAGCACAUAAAAAGCAACGCCGCCGUCGAAAAGCCGCUGCUGGCGCUCCAAAAAGAAAUGAAUCAAAGCGGAUUAUUCCCAAAAUUGUUGUUCGAAAUCCUACUCGUAAGAUUGCUAGUAUGUUUAAAAAACCAAAUAUAUUUAAUGAAGGAUUUUUGGCUCCACCAGCUCAAUCGAAACAAAAAAUGUCAAAAGAGAAGGACAAAAAUAAGGAACAUGAAAAAGAAGAUAGAAUUUUGGCGUCAUUUUCGUUACCAUCUCAUUCGGCUCCUCAAAUAAGAAAGAGCCAUGCCAGAGGAACUGGUGGAUUUAAAAAUAUUUUAUGGCGUUAUUUAGGUGGUUGCUUUGAUUGUUUGGAUCUUGAUACAAAUGAAUUAUCAGAAGAACAUGAACGAUCUGCGGCUUCAGAACCUGUUGUUAUAAUGGGUGAUUUUAAUGCAUCAGGUUCUUAUGUCGUAAAAAAAGAUCAAUCAAAGCUUGAUGAAAUAUUGCGUCAAAACAACUUGGUUUGGGGAAUUCAACAUUCAGAUGACACCAAUGUUGCCACAGGAGAUAACGCUUAUGAUCGGUUUAUAUUUGAGAAGGAAAGUAAGCAAAGAUGGAUUGGACCUAGUCGUGUAUGG